GCGUCUGGGGCCGCCGGCGACGCAAGUUCCGGACGGGGCUCCCUUCUCCUCGCCUCACGCCUCUCCUUCCUCUCGCCUGAUCCCGGGCUGUCUCCCGACCGCGGCCCUUCCGGCCGAGCGCCUUCUGAGUGCGGUAGCGGAGGGGAAGCCGUCGUCGUCCCCAGCCUCGGGGCCGAGUGAGGUGCCUGUCGCGCCGCGUCGCCCCCUCGCCGACUCCUCGCCCCUGUGGCGGGCGCCGUUUUCGCCCCAAGCACUCCCCCCAGCUCCAUGAAUGGAAAUCGGCUCCGCAGGACCUGUUGGGGCCCAGCCCCUACUCAUGGUGCCCAGAAGACCUGGCUAUGGCACCAUGGGCAAACCCAUUAAACUGCUGGCUAACUGUUUUCAAGUUGAGAUUCCAAAGAUUGAUGUCUACCUCUAUGAGGUAGAUAUUAAACCAGACAAAUGUCCUAGGAGAGUGAACAGGGAAGUAGUUGACUCAAUGGUUCAGCAUUUUAAAGUAACUAUAUUUGGAGACCGUAGACCAGUUUAUGAUGGAAAAAGAAGCCUUUACACAGCCAAUCCACUUCCUGUGGCAACUACUGGGGUGGAUUUAGAUGUUACUUUACCUGGGGAAGGUGGAAAAGAUCGACCUUUCAAGGUGUCAAUCAAAUUUGUCUCUCGCGUGAGUUGGCACCUACUCCAUGAAGUACUGACAGGACGGACCUUGCCUGAGCCACUGGAAUUAGACAAGCCAAUCAGCACUAACCCUGUUCAUGCCGUUGAUGUGGUGCUACGACAUCUGCCCUCCAUGAAAUAUACGCCUGUGGGGCGUUCCUUUUUCUCAGCUCCAGAAGGAUAUGACCACCCUCUGGGAGGGGGCAGGGAAGUAUGGUUUGGAUUCCAUCAAUCUGUUCGACCUGCCAUGUGGAAAAUGAUGCUUAAUAUCGAUGUUUCUGCCACUGCCUUCUACAAAGCACAACCUGUAAUUCAGUUCAUGUGUGAAGUUCUUGAUAUUCACAAUAUUGAUGAACAACCAAGACCUCUGACUGAUUCUCACCGGGUAAAAUUCACCAAAGAGAUAAAAGGUCUGAAGGUUGAAGUGACUCAUUGUGGAACAAUGAGACGGAAAUACCGUGUUUGUAAUGUAACAAGAAGGCCUGCCAGUCAUCAAACCUUUCCCUUACAGCUAGAAAAUGGCCAAACUGUGGAGAGAACAGUAGCUCAGUAUUUCAGAGAAAAGUACACUCUUCAGUUGAAGUACCCACACCUUCCCUGUCUGCAAGUGGGGCAGGAGCAGAAACAUACCUACCUGCCGCUGGAAGUCUGUAAUAUUGUGGCAGGACAACGAUGUAUUAAGAAACUAACAGACAAUCAGACUUCAACUAUGAUCAAGGCAACAGCAAGAUCUGCACCAGAUAGACAAGAGGAAAUUAGCAGAUUGGUAAGAAGUGCAAAUUAUGAAACAGAUCCAUUUGUUCAGGAGUUUCAAUUUAAAGUUCGAGAUGAAAUGGCCCAUGUAACCGGACGUGUACUUCCAGCACCUAUGCUCCAGUAUGGAGGACGGAAUCGGACAGUGGCAACACCAAGCCACGGAGUAUGGGAUAUGCGAGGAAAACAGUUCCACACAGGAGUUGAAAUCAAAAUGUGGGCUAUAGCUUGUUUUGCCACACAGAGGCAGUGCAGAGAAGAAAUUUUAAAGGGUUUCACAGACCAACUGCGUAAGAUUUCCAAGGAUGCAGGGAUGCCCAUCCAGGGCCAGCCAUGCUUCUGCAAAUACGCACAGGGCGCAGACAGCGUAGAGCCCAUGUUCCGGCACCUCAAGAAUACAUACUCUGGGUUACAGCUCAUUAUUGUCAUCCUGCCAGGAAAGACACCAGUGUAUGCGGAGGUGAAACGUGUAGGAGAUACACUUUUGGGUAUGGCUACACAGUGUGUUCAAGUGAAGAAUGUAAUAAAAACAUCUCCUCAAACUCUCUCAAAUUUGUGCCUAAAGAUUAAUGUUAAACUCGGCGGGAUAAAUAAUAUUCUUGUACCUCAUCAAAGACCUUCUGUGUUCCAGCAACCAGUGAUCUUUUUGGGAGCAGAUGUCACUCAUCCACCUGCUGGUGAUGGGAAAAAACCUUCUAUUGCUGCUGUUGUAGGUAGUAUGGAUGCCCACCCAAGCAGAUACUGUGCCACAGUAAGAGUUCAGAGACCCAGGCAGGAGAUCAUCCAGGACUUGGCAUCCAUGGUCCGAGAACUUCUCAUUCAAUUUUAUAAGUCAACUCGGUUCAAACCUACUCGUAUCAUCUUUUAUCGGGAUGGUGUUUCAGAGGGACAGUUUAGACAGGUGUUAUAUUAUGAGCUACUAGCAAUUCGAGAAGCCUGCAUCAGUUUGGAGAAAGACUAUCAACCUGGAAUAACCUAUAUCGUAGUACAGAAGAGACAUCACACUCGACUGUUUUGUGCUGAUAGGACAGAAAGGGUCGGAAGAAGUGGCAAUAUCCCAGCUGGAACAACAGUUGAUACAGACAUUACACACCCGUAUGAGUUUGAUUUUUACCUCUGUAGCCAUGCUGGAAUACAGGGUACCAGCCGUCCUUCACACUACCAUGUUUUAUGGGAUGAUAACUGCUUUACUGCAGAUGAACUUCAGCUGCUAACUUACCAGCUCUGCCACACUUACGUACGCUGUACACGAUCUGUUUCUAUACCUGCACCAGCGUAUUAUGCUCACCUGGUAGCAUUCAGAGCCAGAUAUCAUCUUGUGGACAAAGAACACGACAGUGCUGAAGGAAGCCACGUUUCAGGACAGAGCAAUGGGCGAGAUCCACAAGCUCUUGCCAAGGCUGUACAGAUUCACCAAGAUACCUUACGCACAAUGUACUUUGCUUAAGUCCAAGGAAGAACUGAAAGAUGCGUCGACACAACGUAUGUUUUGAGGUCUCACUGUGUGGCCCAGACUGGUUUCAAACUCAGAGGCUCACGUAAUCCUCCCACCUGAGCCUUCCCAGUAGCUGGGACUACAGGUAUGCACCACACCUGGCUGUUUUUUUAUAUUGAAGUUUCAUGAAUAUAGUCAAGAACAUAGGAAAGAAAAGAAAAUAGUAUAUCCUAAAUGUAAAAACUUGGUUUAUGCUUGCUUAAUAUAAAUAAAACCAUCUUCCUUUGUCUGUG